AUGCUCGCGCGCUCGAGCGCGCGCGUGCGCGUGACGCGAUGCGCAAAGGGCGACGUCACUUCGAGGCGCGAUUCCGUCGUCGCGAGAGCGACGGAGAAGACCAGGACGCUGAGCGACGGGACGGUUUGUUCGUCGAUCGGGAUCGGCACCAUGGCGUGGGGCGAUGAAACAUUAGGAUUCAACGCAUCGUUCAGAGAGCGCGAUCUCGAGCGGGCGUUCGAGCGAGCGAGCGAGCGGUUACCGAGCGGGUUGUUCGUGGACACGGCGGAGGUGUACGGGGCAAAGAGCAAGCGAUUCGAGUGCACGAGCGAACACAUCGUCGGACGGUGCGCGAAGAAAGCGAGAGAUGAAGGGCGAAGUGUGGUCGUCGGCACGAAAGUGUUCACGGUUCCGUGGACAAACGUCGUGAUGGGGGGCGGAGUUCGAUUAACGACGAAGUCGCUCGUAGACGCGUUGAGGGCGAGCGUGGAGCGAAACGGCGGCGAGCCGGUGGAUCUUUGGAGCAUUCAUUUUCCGUUUCCGACGUGGAAACAAUCCGCCUUGAGCGACGCGUUGGCGGAGGGACAAAGUUUGGGUCUGUGCAAGGCUGUGGGCGUAAGCAACUACGACGCUUCGCAAAUGGAGGAAAUGCACGGUUUUUUGGCAAAACGCGGGAUCCCACUCGUGACGAAUCAGGUCAAGUAUUCUGUUCUCGAUCGAUCGGUGGAGAAGAAUGGGUUGCUCACCAAGGCAAAAGAUUUGGACGUGGCUAUUGUCGCGUACUCUCCACUCGGCGGCGGCGCGCUGCGCACUAGCAACGACAAAGAGAUUCGCACCCUUAACAAGCUCUUGGAGUUCAUCGGAGCCGUGAACGGCGGUAAGACGUCGUACCAGGUCGCGCUGAGAUAUCUUAUACAGAAAGGCGCGAUUCCUAUUCCGUCUCUGACGAGCGAGAAGAGGGCGGACGACAUCGCCGACGUGUUGGACUUCGAGCUCGACAUCGAGGACAUCUCAACGAUCGACGAGAAGCUUGAUUACAUCGAGCGCACUUCCUCAUAG